GUUUCUCUUAGCCCGGAAGUGGACAUCGUGGGGAAAAAAGAGAAACAACAAGGACAGCGACGUCAGAAAUCGAGUUGGUUUAAGUGCAAACUCCGUGAUUAUAAGCGGAAAAAUCACCCAGGAGAAGAUUUUACGGCGUUUUAUCCAGAGUUUGGAUUAAAUCUCGGUCUCGAAGCGGAAGUGUUUGGAUUGUGUGGAAUAAUGGACUGGAUCCGGAGCGUAAGUUUCAGAGGUAUCGUAGCUGAGCUCCACUUGAGCGUGUUAUGCCGUGCUUAGCGGAAAAAAGUUCCCAGAAUCCUGCACUAACCUGAGCCGGUUAUUUGCCCACCCUCUUGGAGAUUAGUAGACUGUGUUUGACGGGGAAUGACGGAGCCCUGAGCCUCAUCAGUUUGAGCUUUUUCAUGAAUGAUGGACGUCGUGGAUGAUCCAGAAGAGCUGAGUGCCGGGACGUGUCCGGACGAUGGAUCAGCGAGUGGGGAAUUCUGUGAGGAGCCUGUGCCGAGCCUGUCUGAGGAAGCGGAAACAUCUCGGCAGGUGCCUGAGGAUCCGAACUCGGAGACCGGCACCUCGAAACAGGAAGAGGACUCGGAGAAAGCGGAUGAGUGCGGGUGUGUAAGAACUAACGGGGGUAUGGAGGAACUGGGGGAAGACUGUGUAUUCGAUGAAGUGGAUGAUGAGAAAGAUGGCUGGAGGACAAACGUCGCCGGGAAGGACACGUCCGGAUCUCGGGGGAAGAAAGGAAAACAGAGGAAGAGCGGCUCAGUAUCAGGAGAUCAGUUUUCAUUUUGGACUUCGCCUUCGUCCUUUUCCUCGUCGACCGGAGCGAGCAGACACAAGCAGAUCCGCCGGAGGAACCACCAUCAUCAUAACCAGGGGCGCCUGAAAAGACAAACUGGCUUCCAGGUCCUGGCAGCUUUCCGGGAUUUCCUGUCAGUAUCCGUCAGCCCAUGGAGUAUCUCCUGCAUUCAUAUGGUGGUGGACCUGAUCGUGUCUCUGACCCACCACUGCGGCGUCGUCGUCGAAUCCGGAGCGAUUGCACUUUACGACCUUGGAACGCUCAUGCUCUUCAAGGUCACCGACGUCCCGGGAAUGAAGCAGGAUUUAAAGCGAGCCGUGGAUCGGACCUGGAGUUCUGGUGCGGCCCUCGCAGCCUGGGUUUGCAAAACCACGAGUACUACACGCAACGCGCUGGUUUCUGCUUUCGGUCUCCUCAGCAGCCUGGUGUUCCUCUGUGCCUGGGUUGUGAGGAGCAUCGUCGAGAGGCUGGGUGGAGACCGAGGCAGGAGAUGGUGGCUCAGUCUUCAGAACUGCUGGAUUAUGAAGAAAGUGGUUGUGAUUACCGGAAGGAUCAGAGGAUGGCUUUGGAAAUUGAUACGUGGCUCUGCGGAGGUGACUGCGAAUCUAGAGUCUCCAUCCAGGACUGAGAAGAGUCAGCCUGGCCAGGAGCUCGAGAGACUGCUGGCAUUAGCACAGAUCCCUGAAGAUGAGCUGGACCCGUUUAACGUGUUGGGCGUGAACACUCACGCCACCGAUUCAGAGCUCAAACGGGCCUAUAGACAGCUGGCUGUUCAGGUCCAUCCAGACAAGAACAAGCACCCUCGAGCCGGCGAGGCUUUUAAAGUCCUUAGAGCAGCAUGGGACAUUGUGAGCAACCCAGAGACCCGCCGCGAGUACGAGCUGAAGCGAAUGGCCGCGUCAGAGCUCUCCAAGUCGAUGAACGAGUUCCUGACGAAGCUGCAGGAUGACCUGAAGGAGGCCAUGAACACUAUGAUGUGCACCAAGUGUGAAGGCAAACACAAGCGUUUUGAGAUGGACCGCGAGCCUCACGAGGCACGUUUCUGUGCCGAGUGUAAUAAACGGCACAGCGCUGAGGAGGGAGACCUGUGGGCCGAGUCCAGCAUGCUUGGACUGAAGAUCACCUAUUUCGCCUUUAUGGACAGCAAAGUCUACGACAUCACUGAAUGGGCCGGUUGCCAGAGAAUAGGAAUUUCCCCUGACACACAUCGUGUCCCAUAUCACAUUUCUUUUGGUUCCAAGAGUAACAGCAGCUCCAAUCGCCACAGAUCUCCCUCAGGCCACGCCCCCGCUCCAGGCUCUCCGCCAGACCUGCAGGAUUUCUUCAGCCGCAUUUUUCAGGGUGCUCCAGGAGGCGACACCUCAUCUAACGGUGGAUUCUUUUCACCGGGAUCGACCCCUAAUUACCCUGGGGGCGGCUCAAGUCCUCCUCCUCCUCCUCCUCAGCCCGGCUUUUUCCCUCAGCGAGGGGAGACGAGCGAGAGCUGGAGCGAGGGAGGAAAAGUACAGCGUCGGAGGAAAAAAGCCCGCAAACCUUUUCAGCGCUGAGCUCCGGCAGGACGAGCUACGACGCUCACGGAGGAGAACAACGGACUGCGGCGGCGCCUGGGGUUUGUUCUCGACUAGACAACAGGCAGGUCGAGGGACAGAAUGGAGGGGUCUGUGAAUGUGCACGGGGUCAUCUCGGUGCCAACAGAAAGUCGAGGAGAUGCCGUAAAAUAAAACGGUUUCAACGUUUUUGGGUUUUCUUUUUUUUUUACUAUGAGCUCAUCGUUGCUGAGAUAAAUGGCUUUUUUUCUUUCUUUUUUAAUUUUUUCUAGCUUCCUGUCAGGCAGGUAUGCAGUAGCAUGGCUUUCUUUUUUUAUCAUCAGUGUUUUUCGAUCCUUAUUAACAAUCGGCCAUGUAAGGACACCUCAGGGAUGAUCAGUUGUUCAGCGAGGGCAGAAAGACACACAGCUCACAAUAUCACAGUAACGAUCAUCCGUAAGUGGUGAAUACAUUUGUUCCCCGAUUUCUGUUUUGUUAACUUCGAGGUUUGUUUUGAAGCAGAGGCUCGAUGUGAGGUGCAGAGAAAUGUCAUAAAUCCUCCAUGAGGACUGACUUGGUUAAAAAGAGCUGGUAAUAUUGUAAUUUUUUUCGUUCUUCUUCUUUGUCUUUAUUUUCUAUGAAGAAAACCAAAACUGGCAUUUUCUUGUUUGUCAAAUGACACAUUAAAGCUCCACUCAAAUA